AUGACUGUCGACAAGGCUUCUACCUGCUGCGGCAAGAGCGCCGAGUGCGUCUGCGCCCAGCAAGCAAAGUGCUCCUGCGGCGAAAAGUCCGCCCUCCACUGCACCUGUAGCAAGGCGUCCACAGAGAACUCCGUCACCGGCCCGCGCUGCUCGUGCCGUGCUCGUCCGGCUGGCGAGUGCACUUGCGAACGCGCCUCCACCGAGAACACGAAGCCCGCCGGCGAGACCUGCGCCUGCGGAGUCCGCCCAGCCGACGCCUGUACCUGCGACAAGGCCGCCGACGGAUCCUUCAACCCGAGCGAGCACGAGACCGACUUCACAACCCGUCGGUGA